AUGAGGUUAAAACCGGAUUGUAAAUGUCUUGGGGGAGAAUCUAUCACCGGGUACCACUCGAAGGUUAGGGGCCUGGUACUCGCCGACAUGCUGGAGGUCCAACUGCGCACGUCCCGCGAUAGUUCCUCAUCGAGUCCGGAGUGGAAACCUAAAUUACGCGAAAGAAAGUUUGCGUGCACUAUUUGUGGCGAAUCUUUCAACCAUUUGAAGCUGCUGAUUGACCACGCGAACGACGUGCACGACGGCGAGUAUCGGCAUAAGUGCGAGGAAUGUAGGACGGCCUUCAGUAGCAAGCGGACUUUGCGGGCCCAUCGGAAAGAAGUGCACCCGGCCGGGCCCUAUAAGUGUGCGGAGUGCGAAAAAGUGUUCCAGAUCGAGAGCGUUUUUAAGAAGCAUCAGGAAACGCAUCUUAUCAGUCCCGAAGACUUGACGUGCCAUCGAUGCGACCGUAGAAUUCUACGGUCGCAUGGAUGGCACGUCAAGUCUUCGGGACUGAUAAGAUGCGGCCCGGCCGGGUGCACUUCUUUCCGAUGGGCCCGCAAAGUCCGCUUGCUACUGAAGGCCGUCCUACAUUCCUCGCACUUAUGCCGAUACUCGCCGUCCUGCACGUCGUUCGCGUGGUCAAUCAGCAGCUUCAAAUGGUUGAAAGAUUCGCCACAAAUAGUGCACGCAAACUUUCUUUCGCGUAAUUUGCUCAAGUCGCACGAGAGGAAGGUGCAUAGAAGAAAUUAUUACUACACCUGCGAUACCUGCGGAAAACAGAUCGCCGAUCUUCAAAAUUUUCAGAACCACCUAAGAGUGCAUAUGGGAGAAAAGCCGUUUGAAUGCAGUUAUUGCGAAAAGCGAUUUACCAACGGAAACUUGUUGCGGAUUCACGAACGGGUGCACAACGGCGAGAAACCUUACGCUUGUGACCUUUGCGACAAACGUUUUACGCAAAGAAGCUCACUGACGGUUCAUUUACGCCGACAUGCGGGAGAAAAGCCAUACGUUUGCCCCGUUUGCGAGAAGUCCUUUGCGUCGAAAUCAAACUUAAACGCCCACGUUAAAACACACAAAUGAAGCACGACACGUAUCGUUGUCAGUUUGAAUUUGAUCAAUAGUAAAUUAUUUCUGAGUUUA